AUGGUCACGGACGUCUUGCCAUUCGCGGUCCGCCUCUACUCCAUCGCGUCGUCGGCCUGCGGGGACGACGAGACCUCGAAGACGGUGUCCCUGUGCGUGAAGCGCGUGGUCGAGGUGGCUGGCAAGGGCUGGUGCGAGUAUUCCAACGUCGAGCCCGGCACGGAUCCCGAGUUCCCCGACGCAGAGAAGGUCUACCGCGGCGUCUGCUCCAGCCACAUCUGCGACCUGAAGCCGGGUGACGACGUGCUGCUCACGGGCCCCACCGGGGCGGAGAUGCUGCUCCCGGCCGAUCCCUCCGAGAACAUCGUGAUGCUCGCCACGGGCACGGGCAUCGCCCCGUUCCGCUCCUUCCUGCGGUACCUCUUCCACGACAAGGCCACGAAGAACAAGUUCACAGGCGUCGCAUGGCUCUUCCUCGGUGUUCCGUUCACCAAGUCGCUCCUGUAUGAUGCCGAGUGGAAGGCGAUGCAGGCCGAAUUCCCUGGCCAGUUCCGCUAUGACUACGCCAUCUCCGACGAGAUGCAGCGCCCCGGCGGCGGCUCGAUGUACGUGCAGCACAAGGUGCAGCAGUACGUCGAGGACAUCUGGCCCAUGGUCAAGAGCGGAAAGACGCACGUCUACAUGUGCGGCCUGAAGGGCAUGGCCACCGGCCUGGAGGAGGCCUUCGGCCCCUGCUGCGAGAAGGACGGUAUCGACGUCAAGGACUUCCUGAAGCAGCUCAAGAAGGACGGGAGGUACCACGUGGAGGUGUACUGA